ACGCAGGCAGAGAGCGCGCUGAAGACGCCGGAGAGCGUUUUGCCCUGCAGCCCCCGGCCAGGGUCGCCUAGGAGACGCGGCUCGCGAGCGGCUCCCAUGGCUGCGUCCGACCGAGUGGUGCUGGGGCCGCUGGUGGGCGCGAUCGACCAGGGCACCAGCUCCACGCGCUUCCUGGUUUUUAAUGCGAAAACAGCAGAGCUCCUGAGUCACCAUCAAGUAGAAAUAAAACAGAAAUUCCCUAAAGAAGGAUGGGUGGAGCAAGAUCCAAAGGAAAUUUUGCAGUCCGUUUAUGAAUGUGUGGAGAAAACAUGUGGGAAAUUGAACCAGCUAAACAUAGACAUCACCAACAUAAAAGCUAUUGGAGUCAGCAAUCAGAGAGAGACAACUGUGGUUUGGGACAAGACAACUGGAGAACCUCUCUAUAAUGCUAUUGUGUGGCUUGACCUGAGAACCCAGCCAACAGUUGAGAGGCUUCUUAAAAUAAUUCCAGGGCAAAAUUCAUCCUUUUUUAAGACUAGGACUGGCCUUCCACUUAGCACGUAUUUCAGUGCAGUGAAACUUCGGUGGCUCCUAGAUAACGUGGAAGAGAUCAGGCAAGCUGUUCGUGAUGGGCGAGCUAUGUUUGGUACCAUUGAUUCAUGGCUUAUAUGGAGUUUGACAGGUGGGAAGAAUGGAGGUGUUCAUUGUACAGAUGUCACCAAUGCCAGUAGAACAAUGUUGUUCAACAUUCAUUCCUUGGAGUGGGAUUCUGAACUCUGCCAUUUUUUUGACGUUCCUAUGGAAAUACUUCCAAAAGUGCGGAGUUCCUCUGAGAUUUAUGGUUUGAUGAAAAUGUGCCCUAGCCUGAAAUCCGGAGCCCUGACAGGUGUGCCAAUUUCUGGGUGCUUGGGUGACCAAUCUGCUGCUCUAGUUGGACAAAUGUGUUUCAAGGAUGGACAAGCGAAAAACACGUAUGGAACAGGAUGUUUCUUGCUUUACAAUACAGGUCAAAAGCCUGUUUUGUCUGAACAUGGCCUUCUGACCACAGUGGCUUACAAACUGGGCAGAGACAAACCUGUAUAUUAUGCACUAGAAGGCUCUGUUGCCAUAGCUGGUGCUGUUGUUCGUUGGCUAAGGGACAAUCUUGGCAUCGUAAAGUCUUCAAGUGAAGUUGAAAAACUUGCUGCAGAAGUGGGAACUUCUUAUGGCUGCUACUUCGUCCCAGCAUUCUCAGGAUUAUAUGCACCUUACUGGGAACCCAGUGCACGAGGUAUUAUCUGUGGCCUUACUCAGUUUACAAAUAAAAACCACAUUGCCUUCGCUGCAUUAGAGGCUGUCUGCUUUCAAACACGAGAGAUUUUGGAUGCUAUGAACAAGGACUGUGGGAUACCACUGAGUGAGUUACAAGUAGAUGGAGGAAUGACCAACAACAAGAUUCUCAUGCAGCUUCAAGCAGAUAUUCUCUGUAUUCAAGUAGUGAAGCCAUCAAUGCCUGAAACAACAGCACUAGGAGCUGCAAUGGCAGCUGGAGCGGCAGAAGGAGUUGGAGUUUGGAGUCUGAAUCCUGGGGAUUUGACAGCAGUGACAUGGGAGCGAUUUGAACCACAGAUCAAUCCCGAGGAAAGUGAAUAUCGCUAUGCCAGGUGGAAGAAAGCUGUAAUGAAAUCAAUGGGCUGGGAGAUAUCCGAACCUCAGGCAAAUGGUGACUCUAGUAUCUUCUCUAGUCUGCCUUUGGGUUUUUAUAUAGUGAGUAGCAUGAUAAUGUUAAUCGGAGCAAAGUACAUCUCAGGUUAG